AUGAAGCUAAAUGUUUUGCAUCGCAGAGAUGCAGACUACGUGGCCCAGGGUCCUCACGACCGGCCCAAGCCAAUGCGCAAUCUGGACCCCGCACUGCAUCCACUUCCAAGGCAACGGGAGUAUGUUCGGGCAGUGGUGGCAGCCAAACUCAAGCGAAUGCAUGCCAAGCCUUUCAUCGCAGCUCUAGAAGGUCAUACCGACUCUGUUGACUCUAUGUCUAUGAGCAGGAGCAGUUUGUGCGAUUUAUUCACGGGCAGCUGCAAUGGAGAGAUCAUGAUGUGGAAUAUGCUCACGAAGCGCAAAGGGAACAUCAUAGGAACACACGACGGCUUUGUAAAAGGCCUGUGCACAAAUGCUGAUGGGACGCUUUUGUAUUCGUGCGGGCAUGACAAGUACCUCAAGUGUUGGAAGGUGCCUACAAAUGGACCUAUAGAGGAUGAGGAUAUGGAUGAACAGGAUGAUGAUGCUGGGAAGUCACAAAGUGUUCAUUUGCAGGGGGCAGUUAGUGACGUGAAGCUUCGCACUUCCCCGCCGCCGGAGCCAGUGGGCUCAUACCUCACCAAUUCAAGUCUCAAUGGGCUGGAUCACCACUGGACUGAAGGUUUGCUAGCUACAGCAGGGGACACACUGGAGGUUUGGGAUGGCCAGAGGAGCGCGCCCAUCAUGAAAUUCGACUGGGAUUCUGAGGCGCUGUACUGCGUCAGGUUUAAUGCUUCAGAUGUUAACCUCCUGGCUGCGGCCGCAGCGGACAACUCGGUCGGCCUAUACGACAUAAGAGCGAACUCGCCGCUACGCAAGCUCGUCCUCCAGCAACGAACCAACGCUAUUUGCUGGAAUCCACAGAAUCCACUGCAUUUCACAAUAGCCAAUGAAGACUCCAACCUCUACACCUUCGACAUGCGCAGACUGCAGAGGGCACUCUUGGUGCACAAGGGUUUCACUAACGCAGUAACGGAUGUGGACUACAAUCCAGCUGGGACCGAGUUUGUAGCCGCAUCUUUCGACAAGGGAGUGCGGCUCUUCAACCUCGAGGGCAAGAGUAGAGACGCGUACUACAACCGGAGGAUGCAGAACGUCUUGUCCUGUAGAUACUCUUUGGACGGCAAGUUCGUGUGCACGGGCAGCUCGGAUAUGUGCGUGCGCAUCUGGAAGGCAGAGGCCUCGCUCAAGCUCGGGCCGAUGAGCCACCGCGAGAAGGCCGCGUACAACUACCGAAAUGCGCUGCAAGAAAAAUUCGCCGAACUGCCAGAGGUCAAGAGGAUACUAAAACCGAGGCACCAGCCUGCCUUGGUGGUGAAGCAGAGCAAGAUACGGGAAGCAAAGGCCGCCGCGAAACGCAGAAAGGACGUCAACCGAGCGCUACACUCACGCGACGCAGAGAUUACCCAAGAGAAGCGAAAGCCCAUCAUACGGCAAGUCGAAUAA